AUGCCAGAGGGCCCAUCGGUGAGGAAGUUCCACCUGCUGACUUCCCCAUUUGUGGGACAAGUGGUGGCCAAGGCUGGCGGAAGCAGUCGGAAGAUCAAUGUGAAGGACCUGAAUGCCCUCAGGCUCCAGGACUCCCAGGUUCAUGGAAAGAACUUGUACCUGGCGUUUACGGCAGCUGAAGAUCCCUUAGGACCAACUGCAGAAGAGACAGUGCUGCCAAGAGAGGCUGCUAGUGGGGAAAGUGCUCCUGCCCAGGAAGGACUAGCACAGGUUUGUGCUUCACACACACGUCCCCAGGAUGAAGAGCUGCAGGAGCUCCAGCACUCCAGAUCUGAAGCCUCAGAUGCAGCGGAGGGUCCGGGCAACUGGCUGCGCUUCCACUUUGGCAUGUUUGGCAGUAUUCGGGCAAAUGAGUUCUCAAGAGCAAACAAGGCCAAUAAGAGGGGAGACUGGAAGGACCCUACACCCAGGCUGGUUCUGCACUUUGAGAGCGGAGGCUUCUUGGUUUUUUACAACUGCCGAAUACACUGGUGCUCCUCUCCAAGGGCUGAUCCUGCUUCUGACAUCCUGUCUGUAGAGUUCCACCGUGGGCAGGCGCUGGAUGCCCUGCGUGCACCCAAUCCCAUCUGCUGCACCCUCUUAGACCAAAAAUACUUUUCAGGGCUGGGGAACAUAAUUAAGAAUGAGAUCUUGUACCAGGCCAAGAUCCAUCCAUUAACACAAGGCUCUCUCUUGACUCUCACGGAUCUGGAGCGUUUGCUUGACUGUGCUGUUCAGUUCAGCUCUGACUGGCUGCACAGCAAGCUGCAUGGCAAAAGGCUGCACCCACAGAUCUACCAGAAGGAGCAGUGUCCUCUUGGGCAUGCAGUGAUGAAGGGAACCUUUGGACCCCCACGUGGCUUUAAGAGACUUACAUGGUGGUGCCCACAGUGUCAGCCUCUGGUGCUGCCAGGGAAUGGAGAUCCUUCCCUCUGCAGAGAGUGA